AUGUCGUUCGUGCCGUGGCCGGAGAAGCUAGAUUACACAAGGCAGGCAGAAGAGGUCCCGGGCACGAAGAGGGCUGGGCAGACCGCGCAUUAUCGGAAUGCCAUCUGGGGCCUCGUCGGCCACACGCCCGACUCCAUCCAGACCCUCCCGCAGGUCUUUGACAUCGGCCUGGCAAAGUCGCGGCACGAGCCCUUCCUUGGGCAUCGACCUCUUCUCUCUUCGCCCUCCACCGAUACCCCGGUGCACGCGGGCUACUAUGUAUGGCAGACAUACGCUGAGGUCGAUCAGAGAAGGAAAGCGAUUGGGAGCGCGGUGUGCAAGUUGUUCGAGCGUGGGGGGUGGGAGGGCGUCAGGGAUGGAGGGAGGGAGAUGCAGACGGUGGGGAUCUGGAGCGCGAAUCGCCCGGAGUGGCAGAUCGUUGACUUUGCGCUGCACGCGUACGGCAAGGUCGGCGUGAGCUUGUACGACACGUUGGGGAAGGACUCUGUCGAAUAUAUCAUCACCCACGCUGCCAUCCCCCUGCUCUUCGCCUCGUCCUCGCACAUCUCCGCGCUCCUCAAGCUCGCCCACCAGGGACUCAUCCCGUGUCUCAAGACUAUCGUCUGCCUCGACAGCCUGCAAAGCGAAGAGGGGCAUGUGUUGAGGGAGUGGGCGGGAGACGUUGGCGUGGGGCUUUUGGAUUUGGGACAGUUGGAGGAAGAGGGACAGAGGGAGGUGAGAGAGCCGAUGCGGGUGAGUAAGCAUGAUGUGGCGUGUAUAUGUUACACUUCCGGAACCACGAGUACACCAAAAGGCGUUAUCCUCACGCACGGCAACCUCACGAGCGUGACGCAGACGAAUCUGUACGGGAACACGUUCCCGGGCGGCAAGGGGCGGCUGUUGAGCUAUCUGCCGCUCGCACAUAUCUACGAGCGCAUCUGCCAGCACUUCGUCGUUGUCUCCGGUGGGUCCAUCGGGUUCAGCACCAACAACCCCCUCGCUCUCCUAGCCGACCUGCAGCUGUUCAAGCCGAACUUCUUCCCCACCGUCCCCCGUGUUUUGAAUCGGAUAUACCAAGCCUCGAUAGCAGGGGCCGGGGAUGGGGUGAGGGGGAGGGUGUUUAGGGAGGCGGUGAGGAGGAAGGUGGGGGUGCUCAGGGAGACGGGCGGGAGUGGGUGGGGGGUGUGGGAUGUGGUGGUGUUUCGGAAGAUACAGGCGAUGCUGGGCGGGCGCGUCGCGCUGAUCACGUGCGGGAGCGCGCCCAUCGCGCCGGAGGUGAUGGAGUUCGUGCGGGUCGCGCUGAGCUGCGACGUGAUCGAAGGUGCCUAUGGCAUGACGGAGAACUGCGGCACGUGCCUGCGCGUCCUGCCCAACGACCCGCACUCGAGCGGGACGGUCGGCGGGCCGCAGCCGUGCAACGAGGUGAAGCUGAUCGACGUCCCCGCGAUGGGGUACCACGCGGAGGACCGGAGGGGCGAGAUUUGUGUACGGGGGGAGAAUUGUUUUGGGAGGUAUUUGAAAGAUGACAAGAACACGCGCGAGACGGUGGACGCCGAGGGGUGGGUGCACACGGGGGACGUCGGCGAGAUGGACGCGUGCGGGCGGAUCCGGAUCAUCGACCGCGUCAAGAACAUAAUGAAGCUUGCGCAGGGCGAGUACGUCGCGCUCGAGAAGAUCGAGAACCUGUACAGCGCGUCCCCGCUCGCGGCGCAGCUCUUCGUGCACGGCGACGCGCUGCAGUCGUACCUCGUCGGCGUCGUCGUGCCCGAGCCGGUUCACCUCGCUUCUAUUGCCUCCAGGAUCCUCGGUGCGCAGGUGAAGGCGGAGGAUGCGAAGGCGCUGGCGGGGGCGGCGCAGGAUGAGAAGGUGCGCGCGGCGAUUCUGGGGGAGCUGGAUAAGGAGGCGGGGAAGAAUGUAUUGAAAGGGUUCGAGAGACUGAAGCGUAUCCACGUGUCGCUCGACCCGUUCACAGUCGAGAAUGGGUGCUUGACGCCGACGCUGAAGAUACGACGGAAGGAUGCGUAUAACAAGCAUAAGGUGGAGCUGGACGCUUUGUAUGCGCUGGGCGAGCCGACGUCCUCGCAGGCUGCUGCUAAGUUAUAG